UGUGAAACAGAUCUGGAGGAUCCAGCAGAUGUCGACCUAACGUCUGAGCGAGUAUCAGAAACAACAGCAGCUUUUUACGGAGAUAAAAGGACUUCUUGGGUCGAAAAAUGAGGAUAUUGUGAUUUUUCCGACUAAAAAACUAAUCAGCUCUCCAUCUCCAGACACAGGCAGACUUGGGUGUAGGGAGACAUGGGAAGCUUUAAAGGCCACGCUCUUCCUGGGAGCUUCUUCCUGGUGGCGGGGAUCUGGUGGACGGGGAAACACUGUCUGUGGUACACCACCCGCAGGAACAAGAACAUGGGCUCCACCCGGCUGUCCAGCAGAGCGUCACAGCGCCGCCUGGAGGUCAUUGAGAGCUCGGUCAUACUCUUCUUCUCUGUCGUUGGGAUGCUGCUGGAGCAGUUUGCGGCUGACGGGCCGAGGCUGCAGCUGUACGACUUUGCAGAGAAACACUGGGAGGAUCUGAUGAACUGGCAGCACGCCACCAUGUAUCUGUUCUUUGGACUGGCAGCAAUGGUGUCGCUGAUCAUCCACAGCACGGACGCCGCUCCCCUGGCACUUGACAGGUUAAUGCUGGCUGUGGCUUUCUUUAACGAAGGAUUUCUUUUCCUCUACCACCUCCACGGCAGGAGCAUGCUGGACGUCCACGUUCAUCAGCUGCUUCUUUAUGCCAUCUUUGGUGACGCUCUCGUUUCCUUCCUGGAGGUUUUCCAUCGAGGGAACAUCAUCCUGGAGCUGCUGCGCUGCACCCUCACUCUGCUGCAGGGCAGCUGGUUCUGGCAGAUUGGUUUUGUGCUGUAUCCUCCUCGGGGUCCUGAGUGGGAUUUAAAGGAUCACAACAACAUGAUGUUUGUCACCAUGUGUUACUCCUGGCACCUCGCCUUCGCCAUGCUCCUCGUCAGCGUUCUCUACUGCACUGUCAGCUGUGUGGUCCGUUCCAGAUUGAAGAGGACCCCUCCGAUGGAAAUGGGACUCCUGAAGCCCAGAGAUAGAGAGCCAGAAUCAGAGGACGAGAUUCUAUGAAGAGAACUUUGACCAAACACAGGAAAUCAGGGAUAUGAUGUUUGCACCAACGGUGUGACUGAAAGCCAGGCAGAAAGGACUGUUUCUGGAUGCCUCAGAAACAUAUCUCUAUCUCUGCCUGACUUUAUCAGCUUUAUUCUGGCUGUUGUUUUUCAGUGCUAUUUAUUUUACUGUGGCCUAAUCCUUUCCUUUGACUCUGCCUUAUCACUCUUUCAUUUUUAAGCUGCUCCAGGGUGCACUGCAUGCUUUCACUUGGCUCUCUGACCUUGUCCAGACAUUUUUGGGUUCAGCGGUACCAUCUUGUGGUGCAGACAACCACCAUUAUCAGUGGAGCAUGUGCAGGUUUCAUGGAAGCAUGCAUAAAUAUAAUCCAUCAGCUUUGUUUGUUUUGUAAUGUUCAGAUUUUGUUUCACACUUUGUUUCACUCAAAUUGCCCAAAUGUCAAAAAUACAAGUGCAUUAAAAUUAUUUAAAAGAUUUGGACUUUGUUCCUUAUAGUGCCUUAAAUAGGAUGAUGUACAGCGUGUAUAGUGGCUAAUGCAUGUCUACUUUAUUGCAGAAUUAAGUUACUGUAUAAUACUAAAAUAUAGUCCAUUCAGAAAGUUUUCAGACCCUCUUCUCUUUUCUCAGAUCUCUGUUGCAUCCUGAUGCUACAGCUGAUUACAAUCAUUUUUAUUCUAAUUAAUCUAAACUCAGUGUCCCAUUCAGUUUUCAGACCCUUUGUAAAACACAUGAAAUUUCACCCGGGUUCCUGACAUUAGCCCCAGUCUUUGCUGAGCUGUUUCUGCACCAUGAUUGGAGCGUUCACAUGGAGAUUUUUGGAAUGAUUUGGAAAGGGACACGCCUCUCUAUAGAAGUCUGGACGGAAGGCUUUCCUGUAGUGUGUUUGGCUUACAUGUAGAGUUUUUUUUUUAAAAACUCCAAGUGGACCGUUGUGUGUUUUACGCUGAGGAGAUUCUUCCAUCUUUCGUCUCUGCAGAUCGAUGGAGGGCUGCAGCGAUGGUUGUCCUUCUGUAACUUUGUCCCGUCUCCACACAGGAUCUCUGGAGCUCAGUCAGAGCGACCAUCGGGUUCAUGGUCACCUCUCCUACCAAGGCCCCUCCCUUUAAAAAUGUCUAAAUUCGGUUUUCGCUGUGUUAUGAUGAGGCACUUAGUGUAGAUUAAUGAGAAUAAGAUGGUUUUAUUAAUCACCAGGCAGCAACAUGACAAAAUAAUGAAAAGUAAAGAGUGUCUGAAACUUUCUGAAUGCUCUGUGUGUUUGUGUAUUUAUUUGAUUUCAUAUUUCUUCCAUAUGUAAGAAUUUAAAACAUUAAAUAACAUCAUAAAUAAUAGAGUCAUCCAAGGGGAAAUAUAAAAGAUUUACAUGGUAAAUGGACUGCCACUGUAGACUGGUAGGAAGGUACACCUUUAUUUAAAGCAGAAGAUGAUUUUCAAACAAAAAUACCCAGAACUUCAAGGACCUAAAUGUCCUCUCCUGCAUUUUCACAGGGGUCUUAAGUCCUGAGAAAAUAAUCUAAAAAAGGAAUCCUGACACAGCCAGGGUUCAGAAGUAAAUCAGUGUAAUUCUCUGAUAUUUGAUCUUUUACUAAUAAAGAUUUAGACAACAGUGACAGAAUGUUUAACAAACCAAAUUUAAUAUUUCAUCUCUCCUCUGAAAGGUUUCGACUCUAAAACUGACCAGAGAGAAGUGAGCCCUGUGUUAAUAAUCUUGGCGAUCAGUCUUUGGCAGUUGUUGAACCUUUUGAAUUUAUUUAUUUAUUUAUUUGAUAUGGGACGAUGCAGUUUAACAUAGUUUCAUAAGAGAGCACAAACUCAAGGGCUGAACAGUUAAAUCUCAUAUUUCUGUUCUA